AAGCGCAAGCAGGGACGCCAUCUUGAGGAGACACUGAACGCAGCGCUGCUUUUUAGUGACUGACAACAAUCUGGGGCGCAUCAUGAUGGGAUUACACACCACCAACAAGUAAAACAGCAUCACGGCACUUUUUCCGGGGGAGUUGCGGACUUUCAAAGGGGGGAAAAGGAGAGGAGCUGUCCCGGCGAGUGUGUUGGACCGCUCCGGCUUAUCUGACAGGAGAGAGGCCGCCCUGUAGAGCCUGAUGGCCGGCUAGCUGAGCUCUGGACUCGGCCGCGGCCUGUUCGGGAGGAGGAAGGGUGGUGACAGCGCAAAAAUGCUCCACCGCUGACUCCCAAACGAGACAUUGAACCCUACCCAGAGACUCGCUGCGAGGUGGACGACGAGCACGAUGCACUUAUAGAUUUUUUUUUUAAACCCCGCUCUUAACUUUCAAUUGAGUCGUCUUUGGUGUAGAGGCCGUGAGCGACAAGCGAAGGUGCCGUCUUGCGUUUCCACUCAACCCCGCAGACAUGUCAUCCAACUGCUCCAGCGCUGCGCCCGUCAGCGCCAGCAAAACCAAGACGAAAAAGAAGCAUUUUAUAGGACAGAAAGUGAAACUAUUCCGUGCGAGCGAGCCCAUUCUCAGCGUUUUAAUGUGGGGUGUCAACCAUACGAUUAACGAGUUAAGUAAUGUGCCUGUACCAGUAAUGCUGAUGCCAGAUGACUUUAAAGCCUACAGUAAGAUCAAAGUGGACAACCACCUAUUUAACAAAGAAAACCUGCCUAGUCGCUUUAAGUUCAAAGAAUACUGUCCCAUGGUGUUCAGAAACCUGAGGGAGAGGUUCUGCAUCGACGACCAGGACUACCAGAACUCUCUGACGAGGAGCGCCCCACUCAACAGCGACUCCCAGGGUCGUUUCGGCAACCGCUUCCUGUCCAGCUAUGACCACCGCUUUGUAAUCAAAACCGUGUCCAGUGAGGACAUCGCCGAGAUGCACAACAUCCUAAAGAAAUACCACCAGUUUAUAGUGGAGUGUCAUGGCAACACGCUGCUCCCUCAGUUCCUGGGCAUGUACAGGCUAACAGUGGACGGUGUGGAGACGUACAUGGUGGUGACCCGGAAUGUAUUCAGCCAUCGCCUCACCGUACAUCGCAAAUAUGACCUGAAGGGUUCUACGGUCUCAAGGGAAGCCAGCGACAAGGAGAAGGCUAAAGAACUCCCCACUUUUAAAGACAACGACUUCCUGAAUGAAGGCCAGAAGCUGCAGAUAGGAGACGACAACAAGAAGUACUUUUUGGAAAAGCUAAAACGUGACGUAGAGUUCCUGGCCACCCUGAAGAUCAUGGACUACAGUCUCCUGGUGGGCAUCCAUGACGUGGAGCGGGCAGAGCAGGAGGAGAUGGACGUGGAGGGCGUUGGAGACGAGGAGGAGUACGAGAACGACGGGAUGGGCGGAGGCGUGCUCACGGGCUCCUUCGGCACCCCACCCGACAGCCCCGGAAACCCCCUCAACUGCGGAGGAUUCUUCGGCCCUGGAGAGUUCGACCCCUCUGUGGACGUUUACGCAAUCAAGAGCAACGACAGUGAGCCUCGUCCUUCACAUCCGUCUGACUUACGUGCUGUGAAGAAGGAGGUAUACUUCAUGGCUAUCAUCGACAUCCUCACGCACUAUGACGCUAAGAAAAAAGCUGCACAUGCUGCCAAAACUGUGAAACAUGGGGCGGGGGCGGAGAUCUCGACGGUGAACCCGGAGCAGUACUCCAAACGAUUCUACGAGUUCAUGUCCAACAUCUUGUCAUAGACUCAUCUCUCUCCCCCUUCCCCCCCAUCGCCCGGUCCAGCCAGUCACUUUUUCCUGUCAUAGAUCUGUCAGAUGCCACGCACUUAUUUCUUCCCUUUCCCUCCAUCACCUCAGUAUAGGUCCACCAUAUCUCAACCCAACCCCCCCCCUCUCCCUUACUCCCCCUAAAACUACCAGUAUCCUUCUAACAGCCAGGACAAGUCUGGCAAGGAAAGGAUGCUUAGAGGCUGUUACACUGUCCCACACACACACACACAUAUAUAUACAGAUAAAGCAAUGACCCCCCUCCCCGUUUCUCCUUGCCCACCUCCAACUACCACCUUCUUGGCUCCUUCAUCCACUGCAAUGAAAACUCCUGACACACCCUCACUGAAUUUGGAACAACACCCUGAUAACUCUUCCUCUCCUUUUUUUUGUUUUGUCUUUUUUUAAAUUCCUCCUCCUCUCACUCCUCCUCCUCCUCCUCUUCUUCUUCCUCCUCAACCCACCUUGUUACACAUCACGCCAGCACGGGAACUGUCUCACUAAUGCCUUGAACGACGAGUGUGUCCGCUUCAGCAGUUUAACAGUCCGUUUUAGUAAAAAGUCUCUUCGGGUUUUCUGUUCAUGUCGUCGUUGUUCUUAUGAUUUCUUUUAGACACACACACACACACACUCUCUCUCUCUCUCUCACACACACACACACACACACACACGCAGAUGUAGACAAACUCGCACCGAUGCAGAAUGGUCAAUGCAUGACAAACAGUCGCCAUCAGGCUUCUCUCUCUCUCUCUCUCAAUAUCAACAAAAGAUGAUAAUAACAAUAGUGAUAAAAAGUACUGCUGACAAAUUGGAACAACAGGAUUAAACACAUGACUAUAUAAAGGUGUAAUUACGUAAAAAAUGAAUGCAAUAUCAAAAAUGCAUGGCUGAUGUGUACAUGAGACUCCACCAGUAAGUUGAAACAUCAAACCACUGAAACUUAGCAUCUGAGUGUUAAAAACAGAGAAAAAAAAUCAAGAAAAAAAUUUGGUGUUUGAAUGUUACGUUGCCAUAUUGUUUUUGAAUAUUUUUGGAAUUUUUAACCGUGAGCUUGGUGGAGGUCGGUCUGAGAAGAAAAAACAGAAAAAAACAACAAAAAAAAAUCACAUAAAAAAGGGGAAUUCUGCAGCAAAUACUUGUUUUAUUACCAUAAGAAUCAUUUUUAUAUCUUGUUUACAUUAAUGUAGCAAUUUUGUGUUUGUAUACAGUAUUGUUUUGUUACCGACAGACAUUAGAAAAGAAAAAAAAGGUUACUUGAAAAAUGAUUCAUUGCAUAUUAAAGGGAGUUUUAUCUUGU